GCUGUAAAAACGUGGACGUCUCGGAGGCGUCGUUUGUCAUUCUCGAUGAAAGCCUGCAUGGACACGGUAGAAUAGGUCUUGCUGGCGUGUAAAAAGCGACAGCCUCAGUUGUGUGUGUGUUUGUGUGUGUGUUGCUGAACUAGGCUGGAGAGGGGCGACUAGUGCAACCGGGUGCGGUGCGGACUCAAAACACCACUUUCUCGUUGUGUCACCCGAGUCGACGGGAAUCUCGGUUUGAAAUGGAGCGCUGCUCUUUUCCGUCGGGAGAGACGUAAACCUUUGGCGAAGACUUGACUUACUCGACUAGGUGGCCAUUGGCAGCCCCCUUUCUGCCUUUGAUUCAGUCUUACGAUGUGCCAGGUGGACGAGGAGUACAAUGGUCUGCUUGAACGUCAAGACCCUCCUGGAGUGUCCAAGAAAUGUGUUAAAUGCAAAGAGGCCACAGGAGCGCUGGUCAUCAGAGCAGGAGACACUUUCUGCAGGGGCUGCUUCAAGGAGUAUUUUGUACACAAGUUCAGGGCCAUGCUGGGCAAAAAUAGGAUAAUUUUUCCAGGAGAGAAAGUGCUGCUGGCUGUCUCCGGUGGCCCCUCCUCCUUCUCCAUGCUCGGUCAAGUCCAAGAGGGUUUGAGUCAAAAUGCUCACAAGAAGUUGAGAUUCACACCCGGCAUUGUCCACAUUGAUGAGGGUGGCAUCCUAGGCCAGGCUAUGGAGACAAGACAGAGGACUGUGACUGAGCUGCAGUCUGUGUUUAAAACCACAGGCUUACCCUACCACAUAGUACCUCUGGAACAGGUGCUUACUCUUCCCAUCUCAGUCUUAGAGCCGUCCUCAUCGGCCUCAGACCAACCAGCAGAUAGCUACAAGAAUGCCGUUGACAGCUUCAUUCUGACCAGUCUCAGCCGCUGUCUCGGCCCAGAGCAACAAGCAGAUCUGUCCGAGCACACCGGCCAGGGAGAUGAGUCGCCCCUUGCCUCUCUGCUGGUGGACCAGUACCACACGGACACACUGCAGAAGCUGUUUUCCUCAGUGAAGACACAGACAGCCAAAGAAGACUUACUGCACAUCCUCAGACAACAUCUACUCGUCCACAUAGCUCGGCGUGAAGGGUACAGCAAAGUGAUGUUGGGAGAGAACUGUACCAGGCUGGCUGUCAAACUCCUGGCCAACAUCUCGCUGGGUAGAGGCGCACAGCUGGCUGUGGACACGGGCUUUUCAGACCCAAGAUAUGGCGACAUCACGAUGGUGAGGCCAAUGAGGGACUAUUCGGCUGAAGAAAUCUCCCUCUACAACCACAUGUGCAAUGUCCCCUCCGUUUUCAUGCCGAGCCUGGACACAAAGGUAGUACCCGAAAAGGCCAGCAUCCAGCAUCUUACAGAAAGCUUUGUCACGAAUCUCCAGGCGGACUUCCCCUCUACUGUCAGCACCAUCUACAGGACCAGCGAGAAGCUCCAGACAGUGCGUCCCUCUCAGAACUCCUCUGGUAUGAGCACCUGUAAUAAGUGCCUCUUCUGUAUGUGCACCUUGGAUACUACUGUGGAGGAGUCUUCAGCUUUCCAGGCCAUCUUGAUUUCAGAGCAGCUUUCUCAGAGAAAAGCUGUGGGGCCAGAAAAGACCACCGGCACCGCCACACAGAGCCCAGGGUCGACUGCUGCCCCUGCCAACCAAGAACACUGCUGCUCCUUUGGGGGACAGCAGGGAGGAGGAGAGGUUUGUGGAGGAGCAGGAGGUGGAAGAGGUUGCUGUUCUUCUUUCAAGGCACCAGACGUCACGGAGCUCAAGAGCCUGUUGUGUUACAGCUGUCAGCUUACAGUCAAAGACAUGUCUUCCAUAGAGGUUCUCCCGAAGUACAUUCUGUCAGAGGCCCAGAAGAAGAAGAGGAGGUCCCAGAUGAGAGACGAGAUCAGCGAGUUCCUGUUGGAUGAUGAUGAAGACUGACGAUGGAGAAAAGAGAUGGACAAGCUUUAGAUGCGAGAAGAAUCCAUCUGAACGAGUCUUUCUCUGAAACCGCAUCUGGCAGUUCUCUCCCGUCUCCUCUCUGUGGAGAAACAUUACAAUCAUAGGUUGGACAUUAAAGAAAAGCACCGAAUAACCUCCUUUAAAACUUUAUUAACAAUGUUAAGAAUACCCACAUGUAUUUUUAGAGAUGUCCUGAAAUACCAUCAGUUUGGAUUUUAGGGAAUGGGAUUAAUGUGGUUCGAUUCCAUUUUGGUCUCUGCUAAAAUACUACUGUGGUCUGAAGCAUUUCUUCAUCAUCUGAAUUCUAAUAUGUUAUUAAUGUAUCAUGAUUUAAGACUGAUUUAGUAUUUUGUUAGUGCGCUCUGAAGUUCUGAGGAGUUUGUGGCAUUAAAUUAUAGUCUUUUCCUUAUUGUCUGCUUUAAAAAAAUCAUUUGUGACAUUAAAACCUUC